UCAACCUUUCAGUGUCUUGUUGAGCAAAGCGAUGUGUUGCAGGAGGAGAGCCAGCACAACCAAGAUCAUGAGCUUCAUUGGAAUGUUCUUGACACAACUUCAACCACUAGUCAGGCCCUCCAUCACUCUAGUUUAUCCUGCGUAUGCUUCUCUUCAAGCACUUGAGAGCCCUUUCCAAGAAGACGAUCAUCCAUGGCUCACGUAUUGGUCCUUGUACUCAUCUCUAAGUUUUGUGCAAACAGUGCUCACUCUAAACUUUCCCUGGUUGCCAGUCCCAUUGCUAGAAAUGAUAAAGUUUGUAGCUUGUUGCUGGCUAUUGUUCCCUCCUUUCCAAGGCGCAAGAUUCAUUUAUCUCAAACACAUUUGUGGAAGAAAUCGUUUAGGCGAAGAGCUCAAGGAUGAAGUGAGAUGGGAGAAUUUGGAGCAAGCCACACUGGACAUGAUGAAGCCAAGAACCCAAGAAGCUGCAAUAAAAUUCAUCGAGAACAAUGGUCAGGACACAUUUGAAAAGUUGAUGCAAGUGGCUGUCAAAGGUGCGAUUAAAAACAAGCCCAAGACGCCAAGGAAUGUUGUGAGGAUUUACCUCCAGAAACGAGGAGGCUUUUAAAUUGCAAAGUUUGGUUUUAUGAUAA